AAUAAAUUCAGGCAUUUAUUUUCAUAUGCGUUAAUCAUUAUGUCAAGGAGAGAAAGUUGCUUGCGACGAUGUCACCUGAUUUAGAAUGAAAGAACUUUGGUAAGGAGGAAAAAAACUCUCCCCACCCCCACAGAAGCGAAGACCGCCCACCAGAGACAGUCAACCCGAGACCCCUUAUAGAUUUAAAAAGAGAGCUGCAUUCUCAGACUGACACUUAUUCUACACUGCCACCUUAAGCAGAUUAGUUUUUUGCGCUGCCUGUGUCAAAUACGUGCUUCACUUUGCCUCUCCAUCAUGUUCAGGAUGCUGAAACAUCACCUUCACCCGGUCAUUAUUCUCUUGAUAUGGCUUUGUCACCUCAUGGAACAUCAAAAAGUUAAAGCUGGGAACUGCUGGCUGCAGCAGGGAAAGAACGGGAGAUGCCAGGUGCUCUACGUGCCCGGGAUGAGCAGGGAGGAGUGCUGUCGGAGCGGAAGACUGGGGACGUCCUGGACCGAGGAGGACGUCCCCAACAGCACGCUCUUUCGGUGGAUGAUCUUCAACGGCGGAGCCCCCAAUUGCAUACCAUGCAAAGGUGGAGAAACCUGCGACAAUGUUGAUUGUGGUCCGGGAAAAAGGUGCAAGAUGAAUAGAAGGAGCAAGCCGCGCUGCGUGUGCGCGCCAGACUGCUCCAACAUCACCUGGAAAGGACCGGUGUGUGGGUCGGAUGGAAAGACCUAUAAAGACGAGUGCGCGCUGCUCAAGUCCAAAUGUAAAGGCCACCCCGACCUCGAUGUGCAGUAUCAAGGAAAAUGCAAAAAAACGUGCCGUGACGUCUUAUGCCCCGGCAGCUCAACGUGCGUCGUGGACCAGACAAACAACGCAUAUUGCGUGACGUGUAAUCGGAUUUGCCCCGAGGUGACGUCUCCUGAGCAGUACCUGUGUGGAAACGACGGGAUCGUGUACGCCAGCGCGUGUCACCUGAGAAGGGCGACCUGUCUCCUGGGCAGAUCCAUCGGAGUGGCGUACGAGGGCAAAUGCAUCAAGGCCAAGUCCUGUGAUGACAUCCAGUGCAGCGCCGGGAAGAAAUGUCUGUGGGAUGCUCGGAUGAGCCGGGGCCGCUGUUCGCUCUGUGAAGAGAUGUGUCCAGAGAGCAGGACGGAUGAGGCCGUGUGUGCCAGUGACAACACCACAUAUCCCAGCGAAUGUGCCAUGAAGCAGGCUGCUUGUUCCAUGGGAGUGCUGCUGGAGAUCAAACACUCGGGAUCUUGCAACUCCAUUACGGAAGACCUGGAGGAGGAUGAGGAAGACGAGGACUCAGACUACAUGCCCUAUGUCCAUUUAUCGUCGAUACUGGAUGGAUAGGCCCCUGUCACUAGGGGAGCAAUGAUAGGGCAAAGAAUCAUGUCCAUACUGUACAUUAUGUGUAUGCUUAUUUAUUUUUUAAAGAAAAGGAAGUAUACAUAUAGUUCAGUCUGUUAGAUGUUUAUUUAUACUUUUUUGUUUUAUAAUUUAUACAUUUACAAUGUCAGGCUUACUAUCUACCAUGAUCUAUUGUGUUACCACUCAUUUCCCCUUUUGUUGUACCUUUUUACUUUAAUUUUUUUUAAUCAUGAAGAAAUAUAUUUGUCCAAAGAGAAACAGUGUUAUUUAUUUGUCAUGUUGCCAUUGUAAGUCCUCUACAAGCUGUAAAUUGCAUUCCCAGAGCUGUACAAAUCUGCUUGUUGCUAUCAAAUCUCUAUCACAGAUGUUUAUGUCACACAUACAUAAAUGCAUGUUUAGGCUGUGUGUUUAUUUAUUGGGAAUAUAUCGAUCAUUUUAUGUACAGAAAGUGUUUCUGGUUUGUUUACAACUCAUAUAAUAACUGACCAAAGGAUUUUCUCAAUGGUUUUUGCGCACUCUAAAAAGCGCAGCACAGUGAUGAUGGAACGAAAGAAGAAGAAGAGUUUUCUGUUUUUCUUUUUUGUUACUCUUCGUUUUCAGCCUUUAACAUAUGUUUCUGCACGGAGACGAACACUUAGAUUAUGGUCAGUAGCAUUUUAUCUCAUCAGAUGUAACAUUUGGAUGAUACUUGAUUAUUUUGGAAACAAUGUGCCAUUACCAUUUUACAUACUGUUUUCCUGCCAAUGUGCACCACAUUAGUCAUGCAAAGUUACACAAGAUAACCUUCUGCAGGACUCAACACAAUAUCGGACUUCACCACUUUGUUUUUUUAUCUCAUUUAGGAUUUAGUCAACAUACAAUUUUAUUUUCCAUCAUCACAAGAGAAAUACAACAAUCUGUUAUGAAUAUAUAGUUUUGUAUUUUUUAUGUAAAUGUCAUGUGUACAUACAAAGUUUGAUGGUAUUUGUACAGAUAUGAAGCGUGAAACAAUAAAAGUUUUCUUUUCCAUAUACA